AUGGCACCAACCGCGCAAUCAGCGCAAGUCCUGUUGUCACCUGCGGAAUUAUCCUAUCUUCAUUCCUCGCUCGCUCUGACCCCUCCUGUUCGACCUGAUGGACGCACAUCUACUGAACUCCGUUCGCUAGUCGCCGAGGCGGACAUUUUACCUACAGCGAAUGGCAGCGCAAGAAUCUGCUUUCAAGAUGGCACAGAAGCAAUCGCGGGUGUAAAAGCUGAAGUUGAAAAUUCGCAAUGGCAUCCGGUGACGGGAGGGUACGAGACAAACUUGGAAACGGGCGGCACUGAUGUAGAGAUGAGCCAAGAUGCAGACGAAGAUGAGGAAGCAAAGCGCACGCGAAGGAGCAAGGGCAGAGGCGAAAAUACAUGGGUCGAAAUGAGUAUCGAGAUACCUGGUUUUCGUGAUGACGAUGCGCUCCCUGUGUAUCUAGCUGCCAUGCUUACUGAGGCGCUGCUGUCGGAUGGAGUAUUGAAAGACAGAUUGUACAUCAAUAACCGUUACCACUGGAAGCUCUAUAUCGACAUUCUGCUACUCUCCCCGCCACUUUCCUAUCCUCUUCCGCUCCUUUCACUUACGACACAUCUCGCUUUACUCUCCUCUCGCUUGCCUUCACUCAAAUCAGAAGGUGAUGAGGACCCUUUCUUCGACGAUGACUGGGAAGCUGCCACACCUUUAUAUGCACCAUCGUCGAGGCCCCCAGUGACACUGCUCGUGAUGACAGUCGGCUCUAACAUAAUAUUUGACCCUGCAAAAGAAGAAUUAGCAGUCGCAGAAGCAGCUCUCGCAGUCUCGUGCGCGAGUGACUAUAACAAGACUCCGGACUCGAACGGCCGAGGAAUAAAUAUCCUUUCCAUCCGCACGAUUGACCCACCAUCUCGUCUUACACCGCUGGGCAUUCCAAACUCCCUCAACUCAGCGACGGGAGGAGCUGCUCCAGUAUCUCAACAAGAUCUUGUCACCAUCAGAGAAGGUAUGGAUUCGCAAGGUGUUUGGCGUCCUCCGCGAGGAGGUAUCAAGAGAUCUAUGAUCGCUCGAGUUGUCAAGGCCGCAAUCCAACCGGGAGGUGUUGCAGAUGAGAUCCUGCAAGCUCUCAAGAAUGUGGAAAGAUGA